AUGACCUCGCCAUUGCCAAAACAGCGUACUUCCAGCGUUUCCAGUGAAAUUGAUCCGUUUGCUGCCGCACAUGUAUACUACAGCAAUGACACAAAUCAGAAAUCAUUCAAACAAUUCCGCACCCGUACAUACUCUUCAAAUCAGAGCACUCUCUCCACACCAAUCCUGGGUCUGAAGAAGCCGAUGAGAAGAGGAAGUCAUGAUGAUAUCGGAGAUUAUGGACGUAAAUUCUUAAUACAGGUUGACUCAACUUUGGAAGCCCUUCGGAAGCAGGAAGACACAGACGACAAUCACCAGAUUACAAUUGAAGAUUUGGGACCAAAGACACUUCCUCUCGGAACCGCCACCUCGAACGGAUUCAAAAGAUAUGAUAUUCGUGGGACUUAUAUGUUAUCAAACCUUUUGCAGGAAUUGACUUUGGCAAAAGAAAAUGGCAGAGAGCAAAUCAUCUUGGACGAAUCUCGCCUCAACGAGAACCCCGUCAACCGGCUCGCACGAUUGAUACAAGGCUCAUUCUGGGACCGGUUGACUCGGAGAAUCGAUGGAUCGGUAAUUGAAAUUGCUGGCCGGGAUCCUAAGGAUUGGACGGAUGAUCCUCGCCCACGAAUUUAUAUUCCUCGAGGUGCACCUGAACAACAUGCAUACUACACCAAAGUGGCCAAUGAUAGACCCGAAGUCCGUCUGGAUGUUUGCUGGUUACCAGAGAAGAUCACUCCAGAAGUUGUUCGUGAUAUGAACUCUAAGCCCGGUCUCUUAGCUGUUGCCAUGGAGGAAGUUGUGGAUCCAUCAACUGGUGCUAAAACUCUCAAAGGAUUGCCAUUCGUUGUACCAGGUGGUAGAUUCAACGAGCUUUACGGGUGGGAUAGCUAUAUGGAAUCACUAGGAUUGAUCGUCAAUGACAAGGUCCAUUUGGCAAAGUCAAUGGUGCAAAAUUUCUGUUUUUGCAUCGAGCAUUACGGAAAAAUUCUCAAUGCCACCAGGUCAUACUAUUUAUGUCGUUCUCAACCACCUUUCUUGACAGACAUGGCACUCCGGGUUUUCGACAAAAUCAAGCAUGAACCAGGGUCAUUGGACUUUUUGAAGACUUCUAUCUUGGCUGCGAUUAAGGAGUACCAUAGCGUUUGGACGGCCCAGCCAAGAUAUGACCCUGUCACCGGCCUGUCGAGAUAUCGCCCUGAAGGCCUGGGUGUACCUCCAGAGACUGAAGCAUCGCAUUUCGAGCAUCUGUUGGAGCCUUACGCUAAGAAGUACAAUAUGACUUUCAAAGAAUUUGUCGAAGCUUACAAUAAUGGAAAAGUCGUGGAACCAGAGUUGGAUGAUUACUUCUUGCACGACCGAGCAGUACGUGAAUCAGGACACGACACAUCCUACCGUUUGGAAAGAGUUUGCGCCGAUCUUGCAACAAUUGAUCUCAAUUCUCUUCUUUAUAAGUAUGAAAAAGAUAUUGCAUACACCAUUCGUACCUUUUUCAACGACAAGCUUGAAAUUCCAGCCGAAUUUUGCGUGGGCGACAUGAAGCCCGGUCAGCUGCAAACGUCGUCAAUGUGGGAUCGAAGGGCCAGAGGACGCAAGUUGGCCAUCGACAAAUACCUCUGGAAUGAGAAGAAGGGCAUGUACUUUGAUUAUAAUACCCUGAAGCAAGAGCAGUGUACAUAUGAAACUGCCACCACCUUUUGGGCUAUGUGGGCAGGCGUUGCUUCGCCACAGCAAGCUGCCAGUCUGGUUAAAAAUGCACUUCCUAAAUUUGAAGCCGCUGGAGGGUUACUUUCCGGAACCGAAGAGUCUCGUGGUGCAGUUGGAUUAGACCGGCCAAACCGUCAAUGGGAUUAUCCAUAUGGCUGGGCUCCGCAGCAAAUGCUAGCUUGGACGGGCUUACUACGAUACAAUUACCAGGAAGAGGCUGAACGGCUUGCCUACAAAUGGCUGUUCAUGAUUACAACAGCAUUUGUCGAUUUCAACGGCGUGGUCGUAGAAAAAUACGACGUGACCAGAGUUAUCGAUCCUCACAAGGUUGAUGCGGAGUAUGGCAACCAAGGGUCGGAUUUCAAGGGAGUUGCCAAGGAAGGAUUCGGAUGGGUUAAUGCCAGUUACGUUUACGGACUCCAAAUUAUCAAUGCACAUAUGCGACGAACUCUAGGAGCACUUACUCCUUGGGAACAAUACAAUAAGGCCAUGAACCUUUAA